GACACAGCAGAAGAGAAGAGAAAUUACACUGCCUGGGAAAACAGCGUCUGAUUUACUAACACACUGAGCUUUUAUUAUUAUUAUUAUUAUUAUUAUUAUUAUUAUUAUUAUUAUUAUUAUUCAGUGAGUGCAGAUGCGCAGUGAUGAGGAAUUUAGUCUGAAUUAGUCUCAGAAGUUGUGACGUGACGUUCUGGGAUAAAAAUGGCACAAAGAAAAGUUUAAACGGGAAAAAUCCGAGGUUUUGUGGUCGUAUGGACGGGAAAUCAGCAUCGGAUCUUUACCCCAGGAUGUUGUGCUGGACUCCGACAUCUCCUCCUAAAUAAAGCUACACAACUCUCCUUCUUUUUACACUGGAUGUCAAGUGGAGCUACAGGAUUUUUAUAUGUGAAAUAGUUCAAUAAAGAGCGAUUAGGGAUGGAAACGUCUCGUUUCUCAUUUUAAAGAAACAACAACAACAACAACAACAACAACAACCAAACAAACAAGAAAAAAAAAAAGGAAAAAAUAAAAAUACAAAUAAAAAUAGUGGAUCACCGCAGGUUCAUUCGGAUUUAUCAUGAUUUUAUUAAAUAUUCUGGCACUCCUGUUUUUAGCAGAUGAGCUGGCUGCUUUCGAGAACGGCGAAUGGACAGCCCCCAUGGACUGUUUAAGGGCGAGCGAGAUGUGUAACCAGAACGCGCAGUGCAGCUCGCGUUUCCGUAUCAUGCGACAGUGCCUGGUGGGCCGAGACCGUAGCGCCAUGCUGGAGAACAAAGAGUGCCAGGUGGCACUGGAGGUCCUGCAAGACAGCCCACUGCACCACUGCCAUUGCAAGAGGGGCAUGAAGAAGGAGCUGCAGUGCCUGCAGAGCUACUGGACCAUCCACAUGAGCCUCAACGAAGGAGAAGAACUUUACGAGACAUCCCCCUACGAGCCGAUGCAUUUCUCUGAUGAAUUCCGACUUGCUUCUAUUAUUUCAGCUAUGGACUCGGCCUCCUCUAAGGGCACUGUGUGUCCCGAGUCUACAAAUUCGUGUAAUCCGUGUCUGGAUGCUGCGAAGGCGUGUAACCUGAACACGGUGUGUAAGCGUCAGCGCUCGGCCUACGUCAGCGCGUGUAGCCGCUCUACCCCCAUCGCCCUUUCGUCCGAGCCGUGCAGCCGCAAACGCUGCCAUCGGGCACUGCGCCAGUUCUUUGAGCGCGUGCAGAAUGAUCUCAGCUACCCACUGCUCUUCUGCUCGUGCCGGGACAAAGCGUGUGCCGAGCGACGACGCCAGACCAUCGUACCUACAUGCUCUUUUGAGGAAAAAGCGAAACCAAACUGCCUCGAGCUCCGGAGGAUCUGUCGAUCAGAUGCACUGUGCAGGUCCAGACUGGCAGACUUCCACAUGAACUGCCAGACGACUCCGCACUCGAUAACAAGCUGUCCUAAUGACAACUACCACGGCUGUCUCGUGUCCUACGUCGGGCUUAUAGGAUCGGAUGUGACCCCAAACUACGUGGAUGCCAACCAUGCCAACAUCACCAUAUCGCCGUGGUGCAGUUGCCGUGGCAGCGGUAACCAGGAGGCAGAAUGUGAAGCUUUUCUGCGUGACUUCAGAGAGAACGCAUGUCUAAGAAAUGCAAUUCAGGCGUUUGGUUACGGCGCAGAUGCCGGUUUCCUUCCAUUCACCGAAUCCCAUUCUGUCGGCCCGUCUGAGAGACCCAACCUCCAUCCUGCCAUUAUCACCAAACCCGACAUCAUCACUAACGACGUCAAACCGGUCGAGAGCGCGUGUGUUUUCUCCACAUGCGCUAAUCUCAAGGACGGUGAUGAGAAGUGUUCUCCCUCCAGCAGUUUUGAAUGUGCAGAUGAGAACAUUCUGGACUCCGAGAUGGACGGCUCCAUCGACUCCCACCAAUCCGAGAACGACAGACACUCGUCUGCGUAUGUGUCUAGUGUCUCCACGGCAACCAUCGUCCUGUCCAUCGUACUUGUCAUUCAGGUCGUGUAAAUAAAUCUGUGUCCACGAGGGCCAAAACAAUCAAAUGGACACCUCCGGUCCAAACCCUGACAUUGAUCUCUGUCAUUCUCUCUCUCUGUCUCUCUAUCUCUAGCUCUUUCUGUGUCUCACAUGCCAUUUUUAACAAUUUUGCUCAAAAUGAAGAGACUGCAGAAGUGUAGUCCUACAGCACGGGAAGCAUCUACGUGACUUUUAGCUUAGCAAUGUGGGCUAAUCAGGGGGAGGUUAUUUUUUUGAGAAAUUCAGGUUUGAACAGCCGACGAAAGUAAGAAUGGUAAAAAAAAACCUUUGUGAUGUACAGGUAUAUAAUCACAGGAGACCGUCGGUGGAUAUUUGAAACAGUAUGUGGCUUACAGAUACGAACGCAUUUUCCAUAAUAAUGAGCUUCUUCUGUAUAAUUACAUCCAGCUGAGCAGAAAGAGCUGUAAAAUAAAUCUCCACAUGGCUGUCUGACAUGACAGGACACAUCGUUCAUAUGUGAAAUGCUUUUUAUUUAAAGAAAAAGUCAGGUCCAUCAGUCUGAGUUAGCCGUAUGACUUUUUAUCGAAUCAGUUAUUAAGCACUAAGGCUAGUGGAAGGCUAAAAAUAUGGAUGCUUCGUCCCAGACCAUCUCUGACUUUCUGGCGCUUGGUUAUGUCAGAGUACUUUACAAUAAAUGAAAAAAUAUAUGGAUAAUGGAGAUUAAUUUUCACACAACGCCUUGCUUGUCAAUCCUCAGCACAGGAUAGAAGCAGUGGCUACUUCACGUCUUCAUGCUUCACGCUCCUCCAUUUUCAGAUUAUUUAUCCAUAACCGCAUGACCUAAAGUGUUCGCUUCCUCUCCUUCCAUUUUUGCAGUUAAUUAGUUGCUAAUUUAAAAAAAUAUGAUAUUUUCCAUCCAUUUACUGUCAGGUUUAAUAUUAAUUCUUAAUAUCCUUAUGUUAUCAUAAAGUAUAAAAUAUAAGUCGUUUGUUUUGAGAAUCUCCAGCACUGAUACUGAAGACUCCUUCCAAAUAUGUGUCUCAAAUAAAUGUCUGUUUAAAGUCAUUUAUUUAAAGUGUUUCUAUAGAAACGAUCAAAUAUUAGAGCGAGUGCUUCCAGCCAAAACUACUGUCAAAGCUGGUGUUAGAGAAAAUAAAGCAACCUUUUGACCAAUCAGAAUUAAGAAUUUAGCAGCACUGCGGACUGGAAAUAAACAAUAAUAAAGCAAGGUGUACAUUUCUGUUGAUAUCAACAUCUUACUUGUAAAAAAGAACAGAGAUGUACUGAGACACAUGCACUAUGUGGCCUAAAGUUUAUGGAUGCACGACCACUCAGCUGUGGUUCCGCCACAAACUGUUUCAAGCAAAGAUAUGUAUAAAAUGUCUUCAUGAGCUGCAGUGUUAUGUUUUAUAAUUUCCCUUCACUGGAACUAAGAGGCUCAAACCUGUUCCAGCAUGACAAUGCACCUGUGCACAAAACACAAACGUGGAAGUGAAAGUGGAAGAGCCUCCUCACUAUCAUCAACAUCAGUGUCUGAUCUCACUAAUGUUCUUGUAGCUGAAUGAUCACAAAUCCCCACAGCCACGCUCCGACAUCUAAUGAAAAGUCUUCCGAGAAGAGAAGCGUAGAGCUUUUAAUAAGCGUAAAUUUGAAAUUAAUCUGGACUGAACAUCGCAACUAUCACAUAUGAGUGUCCAGCUGUCCACAUACUUUUGGCCAUGUAGAGCAUGAGCUUGAAAUUGUCUAAAUGUCUAAUCUGAUCGAGUCCCUGCUGCUUUCCUUUAAUAAGGCUGUGCUGAAUUUAUUUCCUGAUUUUAAUCACGAGCACAUAUUUCGGCUUCAUUAAUUACCUGAUCGCUACAACAUUCGAGGCUUCGGCUAAAAAAAAAACAAAAAACGUUAGAUCAGUUUGUAAUGAUGCUGCUGUGAUAAAUGAUCAGCUCGUUAUUCCCAUAUUUAACUGUUUAUUUAGUGGUGCACUCCUUUAUUCCUUUAUUUAAGUUUAUAUUUAUCUUGAAAUAUGAUAUAUUUUUAUAUUAUUUAGUAUUUAUAUAAUAGAUUAGAAAAAGUGCAAUAAACUGUUAUGUUCCUAAAUAAAGAAAGCACAGUGUUUAUCUGUUUAUGCUACAGUAUAUGGAAAAACAAAUAUUUUACUAAAUGCAAAAAUUCCAACCAAAUGUAAUGAUUUUGGAUUUUACGCAUCAUCCUGCAGUCCUAAUUGGAGAUUAUUGUCUUUCCACACGGAUAUGUCAUUUAAGGAAAGUCUGAUCUUUAACUCAUACUCGUCUUGAUUGAUUGCUUUGCCUUAUUAUUUUUAUUCAAGAAAGAAGAGCGGCAGAAAAGAAAGCGCACUUAACCUCGUUCCCCCUCACACACCUUCUGCAUACUAACUGGUGGGCUUUUUUUGGUUGUUUGUUUUGCUUAGUCCUUUUUUUUUACAUUACAUGAGCACCAUUAAGCUGUCGCAGCUUGUCAGAAUAAAAACAUCCAUCUGUAUGAACAAGUCUUCAUUGCAUGAGAAGAAAGCAGAUACAGGAUUCCAGGAGUGUGAGCUGUGAAUCGCUUGUGUUUCUCAAACCAGAUCAUCCUUCACUAAUAUAAUUAGACCAAACUGGAUUGUGUUUGUUAACUGAUGGAAUAAAAAUAAGUGACUGGGUUUGACUCAGACUCUCGGGCCUGACUGUAUGAUAUAUGAUAAAGUAAAAGUGCAUAAAAGUACGUUUAAUACGGCUUUUAGACGUGUACAUGUAGGCGUGUGCUGAUUUCAUUUCCAUGUCAAUAUCAUCUCUAUUAUCACGAUUAGGGAUGCAUCAGUACUGAGUACUAGUACGUGUUUGUGUUUUUUUUUUACUGAAAUGUACUGAGUUCUGAUUAUUUACCAAUCAGCUGCAUCAGGAAACAUUUUAUUUAGAUAUUAUUAUUAUAAUAAUAACUAAUUAAUGUUAUUGUGUUUAAACGGUUUAACAAAGAACAGCUCUCCUUAGAGCCAAAAUUCAGAUCCAUGUUCAGACAACAGGUAUAAAUAGGGGAAAUAAUCAGGAACAUGAGGAACAUGUGUGUGGAAGCAGGAACAGAAUGAGGAUCAGCCAGGGCAACACAUGUGAGACACAGCAUAAACAACACACGACACAACAUAAACAACACACGAGACACAACACAAACAACAAAUGAGACACAACAUAAACAACAAAUGAGACACAACAUAAACAACACAUGAGACACAACAUAAACAACACACGAGACACAACACAAACAACAAAUGAGACACAACAUAAACAACACAUGAGACACAACAUAAACAACAAAUGAGACACAACAUAAACAACACACAAGACACAGCAUAAACAACACACAAGACACAACAUAAACAACACACGAGACACAACAUAAACAACAAAUGAGACAACACAAACAACAAAUGAGACAACACAAACAACAAAUGAGACACAACAUAAACAACACACGAGACACAACAUAAACAACAAAUGAGACACAACAUAAACAACACACAAGACACAACAUAAACAACACACGAGACACAACAUAAACAACAAAUGAGACACAGCAUAAACAACACACAAGACACAACAUAAACAACACACGAGACACAACAUAAACAACACACGAAAAACAACAUAAACAACAAACGAGACACAAAAUAAAAAACACAUACACAACAUAAUCAACGAAUGAGACACAACAUAAGUAACAUACGAGACACAACACGAGACACAACAUAAACAAUCACGUGAAUUGCAUCUUGACUCAAGAUUGUGUGUUAAAGGCCUUGCUCCUGGAGUUCACUAUAAGCACAAACCCUUCAUCGAGCUGCAAUACACAAUCAAUACACAAUAUACUGUUUAUCUCUGGAACAGGAUACAUUUUUAAAAGUUCAACUAAUAUGAUAUUUACAUUUACAGCAUUUGGCAAACACCCUUAUCCAGAACGACAAAGUUUUUUUUUUUUUUUUGUAUAAUUUUAAACAACUGAUCAAUUAAGUGUUUAGGGCCUUGCUCAGGGGCCCAUUAGUGGCAGCUUGGUGCAGCUGCUGUUCUACCACAUCUCCAUGAUAUAAAACAUGCUGCUAUAGGAAACUAAUCAGCAUCAUCAUUAGCAGUUUUUUUUUUAAAUAUUAAAAAAUCAUCGUUUAUAGUUACAUUUCAUCGUUGCACUAGAAAUUCUAAAAACAAUCCAGAGUUUUGAAUGAACACCCAGGAGCGUUUAUUUAUUUCCAGUUGAACAUGAAUAAUACAUUAUGCUAGGUUUAUGCCGUAGCAUUUGUAGAAGUAGAUGUUAUUGUUUUUUUAAUGAGGAUGUGUAACUGAUCACGGUAUGUGUCUCUGAUUCCAGUCUCAGCAUUCCUGCAUCCCUAAUCACAAUAUUGUAUAAGAAAAUGAUUAUCUGCCAUUAGAGACAGACAUACAGAUGUACAGGAUGCCAUGCCUUCAUAUUUGACUAGUGUGAAAGCAACGUAUUGUAGAAAACAGCUGUUUUAAUGAGACAGCUGUUAUCUCAGGAUAUUACGGCUGUCUGAAUAUGGUGCCUGGUGUUUGGUGGUAUUUUACAGUUUUUAGCAGAACCAUAUCUGUAUUGUGUUUCAUAUCGCAUGUGAUUAUCAGCACGGUCACAUGACGCAGACAGCACUGAACUACAGUGAAUGAGGCUUCAGCAGCCGGAGUUUGAACAAGAAAUAAAUUGGUAAACCAUGACGGGUUGAGGUGAGUCCACAUGACUACUUCAUGAAGCUACUUCAUACAUUUGUAAUUUCUGGAUCGACAUAAACAACCAAUUGAUUUUACUGUCAUCAGUAUGCGUCUCUGACUCCUCCCACUGUUUCCUUAAAAUUCCCAAAUCGGUUGACAGGAAAUCCAUCAUGUAGCUGUUUGUUUGCAGUUUAUGACUAUGAUCCGCACUAACACAGCUCGAAUUAAAGUUGUUUUUUUUUUAAUAUUGAUCUGUGAUGGUCAUGUGACCUUCACAAUCAGUGUGAAUUCCCUCUGAUUGAUGCUAUAUUAAGAAUUCUCGUUUCCUGUCCGAAUCUUUUCUAUAGUGUAUACUGUAAGUACACUGCUGUAUAAAAAAGUGUUUUAUAUUCUUGAUGUCAAACCAGUGAAAGACGUUAUCACUCAGUGUGUGUACCUAGAAGGCUCUUGCCUAUAGUUUAUGCAUCUCAUUUUGACGUUGCACAGAACACUUUUUAAGGGAAACAGACAGAAUUCCAGAGUGUUGCCAAAACAUGUUGAAAAUGACCUUCAACCUGUGUAAUUUACGCGAGUUAGAGUCGGCUUGGUCAUUGUUAUCCAGUUAAACCCUUAACCAGAAUCCUGCUGGAGUUCCCUCUCACUACAAGACACAAUAUAUCUGUGUAUCUCUGUAAAAUGUGGAAUCAUCUCUGGAGAAUAUUUCGGAAAGUAUUUCAAAGGUUCAGCUAACAUCAGCCAGCCAAACACAAUUAAUGGUUGGUAAAAGUAAAAAGUAAAAGGUGGUUUGUCCAAAAACUCAAUAUUAAGUAAGAUAUAAAACCUACUGCUAAAGGACACUAAUCAACACCAGUAUGGGGUGAUGUAACUCCAAGCAAACAUACAAACAACAAUAAUUUUAAUUAAUUAAUUAAUUAUUCUUUUUAUAUAUAUAUUUUGAUGAACAAUUAUUUGCUUUUUUUUUAUUUUACAAAAUCAUACUUUCAUCCAUUUAUAGUUGUGGUACAAAAUUAAGUUAGAGAAACGAAUAAAGCUGUUACUAUAGAAGCAAGAAUGUAUUAGAAAGACUGCAAUACACACUCAAUACACAAUAUACAGUACUGUUUAUCUCUGGAACAGGACACAUUUUUAAAAGUAAUAUUAUAAAGCCAAACACAAAUGAUUAAUAGUGGGCAAACAGCCUGAUCCAGAGCGACACACAUUUUUUAUCUCAUUUUAUACAACUGAGCAAUUGAGGGUUAAGGGCCUUGCUCAGGGGCCCAGUAGUGGCAGGUUGAUAGAUUUUGGAAUUAUUAUUAUUAUUAUUAUUUUAUUUUAUUUUUUUGUGAACAAUUUUUUUUUCAUACUUUUAUCCAUUUAUAGACACCUUUCAAAUAUAUUGCACAAAAUGAAGUUAUAGAAAGGAGUUAUAGAUACUAAAGGUAUUACUUACCUUAUGUAAGUUAUAGAUACUAAAGGUAUUACUUACCUUAUGUAAGUUAUAGAUACUAAAGGUAUUACUAUAAACUAGACUAGUAUAACUAGAAAUUAUAAUGUAUUUGAAAGUCUGCAUUAAUAUCAAUUUUAUUUUCAUGUCACAGCACAGUUCAGAGUGUAUUAUCCCACUUACACCACAGCAAUUUGCCAGUGAUUCGAUAGUUUUAUUCAUUAAUGCGCAAACCAUCACACAUUUUAAUGAUUUAGAGUUCGAUUAAAUGUUAUGGAACAUCUGAGAGACAAGUUCAUGUACUUACUUAUUUUAUAUCUACGAUAAAAAAUAGUUAUUCUCCCAGCAUUCUGUAUCUCUCUCUCUCUCUCUCUCUCUCUCUCUCUCUCUCUCUCUCUCUCUCUCUCUCUCUCUCUCUCCCCCCCAUCCUCUCUCUCUGUCAAAUAAAAUGCAGCCACAGUGCUUACAACCGAGACUCUUUAAACACAUGUUAAAUAAAUGGAACGAAAAUCAUCACCACAGCAACUGUUAUGUUUUAUUUUUGCUAAACGUUUUUUUUUAAUCAGUUCAUUUUUCACCUCAGAUUGUGUGAAGCAUCUGCCUUACAAGUCCCUGUGUAUGAGGCUGUAACUAUAGAAACAAAAUUUUAAUAUCAAGCUGCCUGAGCUGUUAUACAUAAAAACAUGCAAACCUUUUGACCAAUCAGAUUCGAGCAUUCACCAACACUGUGACCUUGUGAAGAACUUUAAAGUCUUGAUUUUUUUUUCACAAAAAAGUUUUAAAGCACAAAAAAAACGUUCUUUUAAGUGAUGAACGCUUGCAAUACGGCUACAUGAACCAACAGAUUAAAGAGGAGCAGCAGGCGCACACUGAUGACAUCGCUGUCUUUGGUGAAAAGAAAUCUCGGCUCAUGUCCACCAUACAAUGUGUGCAAUGCUCUUCUAAGCUUGUUUUUAUGUCACUCUUAAUUUUAUUUUGUUUUCCAUUCACCCAAGAGACUCGGAUCAGCGCCUAAGCUGAACAAAUCAUUUCACUUCCUUUAAUGAUUGCGUAAAUUAUUUGUGUUUUAUAGUGUGCAAUCUAUCGUGGGGCCUUAAUUUUGUUUUGCUCUCCGGCUUUGUUUCUCUCUUCUAUGUCACACUUUCAGGACGGGGCCUGACUGCCAUACGAUUUCCAGAAGAACAAACAUGUUUUCUUUAAUAUGUGCUGCUUUAAACAUUGCGGUCAGGAGGGGAGACAGACUCGAAAAUGUGUCUGAAAUAUUUGUCAAAGUCUCAAUAAAAAGAAAAUGUCAUGUUGAUAAAGUGUUA